AAUUUACUAUUCAAAUUGCAAAACAUGAGAUAUUCUAAUUAUUAAUGACUUCUUUAAUAUUUUGGCAGCCUGUAGUUGUAGACUUGUGGUUGUACUAUAUUCUAACAAUCUACAAGUCAACAAAACUUAUACCAAAUUGCCAAUUCAUUGUGCUAGGAUACUUCAAACUUCCUUCUUCUAAUCUCAGAUAAUUGCUUCCCCAAAACCCAAAAUCAAUCCAUCAAAUGAUCUUUGAUUCAUCAUCUUCCACUCAAUGGUGUUGCUCUACUUCCAAAUUUUACUCCCCCUCUUGUUCUUCACCUCAACUUGCUCUUCCCAAGUUCAAUACUUCAUCAACUGUGGCUCCUCCACCAACACAACCACCAACAAUGGCCAAACAUUCGUCGGAGACGAAGGCACCAGCAUCAUCACCAUCUCUGGUCAUGGUAGCCAAGCCAUCAGAAACACCAAAAAUUCAGAGACUUUGUACCAAACAGCUAGAGUUUUCAGUAAAGCAUCAAGUUAUGACUUUGACAUUCCACAAAAUGGGACUUAUUUUGUGAGGUUACAUUUCUGUGCCUUAUCUUCUUCACUUGCUAAAUUCAGUGUUUUAACUUCAUCUGGGCAUAUUUUGUUACCUGAUUUCACCCCUGGGAACAAAUCUACCAAUUGUUCAUCAACUCUACCUAAGGAGUUUAUGCUUAGUAUAACCAAUACUAAACAGAAAUUCAGAAUUUAUUUUGUACCCAGUACGAAUUCUUCAGCUUUUGUUAAUGCAGUUGAAAUUUUAUCCACAAAGUCAAACAUUACAGAGGUUACUAAGCCUUAUGUAACACCUGCAGGAAAGAUAGAAGUUUACAAAGGUGAAAAAUCAAAGGUUCUGGAAACAGUUUACAGGGUUAAUGUUGGGGGUCAAAAGGUUAAACCAUCAAGUUCUGACCUUUGGAGGACAUGGGUGCCAGAUGAUCGGUAUCUCAUCAACAAAACUGAUGCAGAAAAUACAGCAGAUGAGAGGAAUAAUGUUCACUUCGACCCUGAAAUUGCCACCGCGGAUGAUGCUCCUGUGGCUGUUUAUGGGACUGCGAAGAAACUGAGAAAUUCAGCACAUACUAGCAAGAUACCGAACCUGAUUUGGCAGUUCAGUGUGAACAGAGGGACUAAGUACGUUGUUCGAGUGCAUUUCUGUGAUAUUAUAUCUCCAGCAAAUGGGGAUUAUACGUUCGAUCUUUUUAUAUAUAGUAAUUUUAGUCAGUUGGUAACUCCGUAUGACAUAACCUCCCAGACGUAUACUCCUUUUUACAAGGAUUAUAUUGUCGAUUCUGGUGAUUUGGGAUUCAUGACCAUUAGUGUAGGACCAAUCGAUAAGCCCCCGAAUAAGCGUUAUCUUCUCUUGAAUGGCCUAGAAAUAAUGCAGGUGAAGAACGAAACGUCUAAGGAGCCACAUAUUGACAGCAAAACUUCCCAUGUAGCUCUUGUAGCCAGCUUGGUUGGAUUUGCAGUUGUGCUGAUAGUGGCUGCUAUUCUUGUGUGCCUUUAUAUGGAGAAGAAGAAGAAGAAGCCUUCUGAAGUUUCCGAAUGGAGGAUGUUAUCUCUGUAUGGUACAACAAGCUCACAUGACAGGACCUUAGAUGGUGCGUCUUCACAUGCCUCCGCGUUUGAAAACCUACAGUUGGGUUUAAAGUUACCCUUUGUUGAGAUUCUAAGACUUACAAAUAAUUUUGAUGUAAACUUGAUUGUGGGUGAAGGCGGGUUUGGGAAGGUGUAUAAAGGAACGGAUAGAAGCGGGCGUAAAUUUGCCGUGAAGCGAGGCAGCCUAGAUCAUGGCCAGGGAGUUGCAGAAUUUCAGACAGAGAUUAUGAUUCUGUCCAAAAUUGAACACCGCCAUCUAGUUUCUUUGAAAGGUUAUUGCUAUGAAAACGGUGAGAUGAUAUUGGUUUACGAGUUCAUGGAAAAAGGGACUUUACGUGAACAUCUGUAUAACUCCGAAAGGAGCUCAUUGUCUAUCCCCGGCCCACUGUCGUGGGAACAAAGACUUAAAAUCUGCAUAGGGGCUGCUAAGGGUAUUCAGUAUCUCCACACGGGCACAAACAAGGGGAUCAUUCAUCGUGAUGUUAAGUCCACUAAUAUACUUCUUGAUGAAAACUACGUGGCUAAAGUUGCUGAUUUUGGGUUAUCGAGAUCAGGAUAUCUCGAACAAACUCAGGUCAGUAUAUCUGAUGUGAAGGGAACUCUUGGGUAUCUCGAUCCAGAGUAUAUUACAUGCCUGCAGUUGACAGAAAAAUCUGAUGUAUACGCUUUUGGAGUUGUUCUUAUAGAAGUACUUUGUGCAAGGCCUGUAAUAGAUCUUACACUUCCGAAAGAUCAAGUCAGUUUAUCCGAUUGGGCAAUCGCUUGCUCGAAUGAAGGACAGCUCGACACAAUCAUCGACCCCUCAAUAGCGAGUGAAAUCAAUCCCAAUUCCUUAACGAAGUUCUAUGAGAUAGCGGAGAAAUGUUUGAACAAAAAUGCCGAGGAGAGACCUCCAAUGUCAGAUGUAUGUUGGGGUUUGGAAUAUGCCCUGCAGCUUCAAAAAGCAGCUACCGAAAGAGAAUUACUAGAUGACACUAUGACAAAUGUUUCCUUGAACAUGCCAUUGCCUGCUGUUCAGCGUUUUCCUUCGCAGACCAUUACUGAUCAAUAUUCCAACGAUGAUUUAUUGAACGCUGACACCGGAGAAGUAUUCUCUCAGUUGACAUUUGAUGAUGGCGUAGGGAGGUGAUUUUUGAUUCCACGAUAUAGUUCACAGUUGAUGAAUGUAUCAUUUUACUUUUUCUUUCAUAUGCCUCGGUUUCUCUCUACCUCUGUUUGUUUAAUCCGACAUAUUUUUCGCAUUAUGAAUGCACAAUGCUUUAUAUUUUAAGAUGUAUAUUUUAACAAAAUAUUCCCCUUGAUUUUGAUGGGUUGUUGAGAUUUGAACCUGUAGGCCGUGAGCUUUUUGUCACAUUUA